AUGGCUUCACGUACCUUUUGUUUGGCUCGUCGAAACUUUGAUACUUGCAUUUCCCUGAAAUCAAGCAGGUUACCCCGGACCUGGUUUCCAGGUUCCCAAGCCUACCGUCAGGCCACCACCGCAGUGCACAGUCUCAAACAUCCAGUCCAGGACAUCAUUCAUACCCUUCCAUCAUCAACACCUAGAAAAUCACUGGUGAAUUUCACUUCCGCAGAAGGAAAGCGACUGUUUCGUGGCGCCAUGGACCAAGGACGAGCAGAAAGCUUCUUUAAAUUAAUGGGCAACUUUUCGGCGCAGUCUUCACCGGCUAAAGCUGGGAUGACUUCACUGGCCAUGUCUCUGAAUGCACUGGAGAUCGAUCCCAAACGAAUCUGGAAAGGCAACUGGCGAUGGUUCUCUGGUGAUCAGAUGCAGACUUGUUCUCCAAAAGAAGCUAUUAGCCAACAUGGUAUUCCCUUCGACGAAUUUCGGUGUCUAGCUCAAGCACAUUGUGAUGUGGAUGCAAGAAGAGCCAGCUCGGCUGGUUACCGUCAAUUCCUGUCGGACUUGCAAUACGUCACUUCGAAUCCCAAUUCGCAAAUGGUGAUCAACUACAGCCGUUCCCGUCUUGGCCAGCCAGGUGAAAGUCACUUUAGCCCCAUUGGCGGAUACAACGCUACGGAAGGCAUGGCCCUUAUUAUGGAUGUAGCCCGUGAUCAAUAUCCUAGCGUUUGGGUAGAUACGCGAACACUGUAUGAAGCCAUGCUGGACAAGGAAUCCAUCGGUUUAUCACGAGGUUACUUUAUUUUGCGACCCGGCAGUGUAUCGCAUCUGCUUCGCUGCCAGACAUGUACGCGACGUGCCUGCAGUAACCGGGCAGUGCAAUCUCAAUAA